AUGGAAUCUGUCCAAGGCAAUAUAGGCUAUGAUUUCACAAAUGAUGAGUAUCUUACCAAUGCUUUUGUCGCAGCCCACAGAAGCGAAGAAGACGGAUUUGCAAGCGACGGUAACAGAGGAAUGGCUCGGAUCGGGCAGAUAGCUAUUGAGAUGACAGAAACCUUCCAUGCUGUUGUAGUUGAGAAAGCGUAUCUAACUGAGAUCAACCGUCGGAAAUAUUGGUGGAAAGACAAAAUGAAAGUAGCAAAAGCAUGCAGAGCUUUGGAUAUUGAGCGAAAUAUCGUCCGCAGUGUUCGACAGACAGGGCAAGAACUUUCCAUUGAAGUGCUGAAUUUUGCAUUGAACGCUGUAAUCGGCGCUGUCUGGCUUGACUGUCAAGAUCAGAAUAGAAGCAUCAGCGAGUCAUGCAAUACUAUUUCAAGAAUCUUGAACCAAAUUGACACUUUCCUCAAUUCAUCGACGGCCGCCAGUGGCAACCAAAAUGCACUUUCUAUCGCUGAGAACAGCGCACCAGUCUUGUCGACAGGACUAGCGACGCACGAAACACCAGAGGGAACUUUAGUAAGCGACUUGGACAUAAGGGAACGUUCGGCCAAUUCUGAGACAUACGAAGGUUUUUCUGUGUUUUCACCGCUGUCAGUCUCGGAAGAAUAUGAAGACCUAGUAACCGAACAAUCGUCGCCCCAGCGGUUCUUUCUCAAACAACAGCCUUAUCUAGAACAUGGCGGUGCAGAUUCUUUCAGUCAAAAUCAUGACCAUGGAAACACCACCAGCUUGUUAUCAGCUGGAACACAGAGUGUGCGUGUACAACCUGUUCUCUCGGUUGAGCAGGAAAGAGUCAUAGAAUCCAUAACGCCUGGAGAAGCUGACAGUAGCGCAUCCAUCACUGCAACGUUGAAACGAGCCUUGCCCGGCCGAGAGCCUAAGGAAUUAGUGGUAGCACAGGACACAGAAUCGUUGGAAAGGAAGAAUAAACGAGCCCAAACAGAAAGAGGCAGGGUUGAUGCAGCACUCGAAUCAUUGCUAGAUGUAGAGCGACAGAAGAUCGGUCUACGUUCAGAACCAGAGCGCGCCAAACUACUAGGAUAUCUAGAGUAUCCCAAGACCGCUCGGCUCAAGGACCCAUUGCAUACAUUAAAGUUUUUGUAUCUGGCAAUCGGCAGCUGGUAUACCCUUGCCGACUUUGCCAGUCAGCUUCAAAGUAUUGGGGAAACGCGGCGCCCCCUUGCUUUACCGUCUGCUUUCUGUUCGACUGCAUCUAUGGCAUUCAGAAUUAUGUGCCGACUCGACAAUGAGAGGAGUACUUGCAUCCUGUUGAAACGAUAUUACGCGAUAAAAUUUCUUGAGGCUGGACAGCAGUCUUCGCAACCACGUGAAAGCAUGCAAAUGGAAAUUGCAGUGACUUUUGGGUCAGAAAACACACGGCAAAGAGGCAAUCCCCAGAUGCGGCAGGAAGCUGCUGAGAUCAAAUUUUUGACUUCCAGGAUUGCCCCCGAUGUUGAAGACACGUCUGACGAGUAUUCGGCGGUUUACGACAAAGUCAAACGUUUCCGACAACUAGGAAAACGAUUGCAAAUAUUGGAAAAGCGCUUCGGCGUUGGUGUAUUAGUCCUCCUACCUUCUGGACCUUCUUUUCCUGGCGUCUCUUUGACAGAUCGCAUGUGA